GACGGUUCUUAAAUGUGAUAAAACUAUACGUACUAACAAACUAAAACAAAGUCCUUGGCAGUAGCAUUAUCUCAAGAUACAUCUACUACUGUUGGGUAUCUGUCCGAACAUACCCUACAUAGCCGCGUCUAAUCUCAAUCGGGUAUCGCCAGCCGAACGUUUGACAUUCCGACUUCGCAUUUCAACACACGUUUGUACGCACUUACAAACUUCAUCGAAGUUCAAACGCAGUGCCCUUACAAAGUUAGGAACAACUGCAGAUUUUGUCCCAGCACGGUCGGUUGCGAGUCGUGAAGGGUGCCGUGGUGUCUGAGUCAGAGGCAGUACAACCCAUCCAGCGACCUUUGUGUCAAGAGAGUGCAUGCAAUCCAAGAGACAGUCGUUCAUCUAAAGAAAGACAUCACGUCAGAAAUGGAUACAGGCCUCCCUUUAGCAAGAGAUGAGCAGUCAAAUGGCACUGCAUCCUCACCUCCCACAAACCUCAACCCCACUCCCGACUCCGGCUCCCGCUACGAUAAGCCUAUCGCCGCGGCCCAACAGGAUGGACUCCCUAUAAUCGACAUAUCCCCCUUCAUGGAACCCUCCUCCUCAAAAGAAGCCCGUUCCACAACCGCCGCAGCCAUAAACGCCGCCUGCAUAAACUACGGAUUCUUCUACCUAACCGGCCACGGCAUCUCCACGACCAAACUCGACGAAAUCAUCAACUUGGCGCGUGAAUUCUUUUCUCUACCCCUAGAAGAAAAGAACAAGAUCAAGCGCUUCGACGCCGGCAGCCCAGAAGGAGGCGACGGCGCACGAGGCUACCAGGGGCUCGGCGAAAAUGUUACGGGUGGGUUGCAAGACAUGCAAGAAGCCAUUGAUUGGUACCGGGACUGGCCGUCUGAUAAAAGAGAACCAGGCGACGGCGGACCAGGCAGCGUGAAGAGUCUCCAGGGAGUUAAUCUAUGGCCUGAGAAGCCUGAACAGCUGAGGCCCGUGUACGAAGAUUACAUCUCGCGCGUCAAGAAAGUCGGCGAAGCCCUCGUGCACGCCAUGGGCGUAGCUCUGGACCUUGGACCACCAAAAGAAGGAGCAACACAAGAGACGCAAGACGAAGAGAUCUUCCUGCGUAACUGCAACGAUUCAUUUUGGGUCAUGCGCAUGAUCGGUUAUCCCCCACUCACAACACCUAUUUCUGGUGACGACAACAUCGACCAAUUUUCCUGCGGCGCCCACACAGACUACGGUUGCGUAACCCUCCUUCUCACCGACCCAACCCCGUCCUCCCUCCAAGUCCUUCUCAAAGACGGGACUACCUGGCUGAACGCGGAUCCCCUGCCCGGCGCCUUCGUUGUCAACAUCGGCGAUAUGAUUGAGCGGUGGACGAACGGGCUUUGGAAGAGUACCAAACAUCGGGUUAUUCAUAGGGGGGAGAGGUAUAGGGUUAGUGUGCCGUUUUUCUAUGAGCCGAAUUUUGAGGCGUGGGUUGAGCCGUUGGGGAAGUGUGUGCAGAGGACUGGGGAGAUGGGCGUGGGUAAGGAUGAGGGGAGGGGGUAUGGGAGGGGGAGGUAUGGAGAUCAUUUGUUGGGGAAGGUUAGUGGAAACUUUUAUUAUAGUAUGAGGACGGACUGGUGAGGUGGUGGGUGAUGAGCAGAAUCGCAUUGAAUAUUAUUGUGAGUAUACCGUCAGCUUUGUGUUUAUCGUUUGGUUUCUUUACAGGCGCUCUAGAUGUACUACAUCAAUAGUAACCUGUUCGAAUGUAUGAUGGCGAUUACACGUGCAUUGUGAGGGCUUCCCCUAUACACGACUACAUAAUGACACGGCCCGUAGCAGUACCGGCCACUUAGAUACCCCCAUUGAGAUAGUAGUCCAGAGGAUACCCCAACCAAUCACACUGC